AUAGGAUCCUUACUACAGGUGCAUUCCCAAAUAAAGCAUCCAGGGCUAUACAAAACAUCGUUCUAUCAUGUAUUCAGAUGCAGGGCCUUGUCGAUCCCCAGUGGCGUAACUUCGGAGGCUCUCUGCUGCUCACCGCCACUGACCACAAAUGGCAGCGGUCAGAGGUACCUCACCGCCGCCGCACCAAAGGCCUCCUUCUAACCGCUGCCCAUGGGCUUCACCGCCGCCGACUACACCUCUGCACAGCUGCCAACCACAGUCCCUUCCGCAUCUCCACUGAUCAUCUCAUUAGUACGAAAGAGAGGCAGCACAGCCAGGCCACAACCCACACUGCCAAGAGAUGCAGAUGCUGGCGAUGCAGGUCCUUCUUCAUCAAACACCCCUCCACUAAGACGACCAUCACAGGGCUCGGAUAAUCUCCAUAAGAUACCUACCAAGAGACGCCGGCUUGAGGCUGAAUCUCCAGCAGCAUCCUCACCACCACAGCGGCGCAUCUCUACAGUGUCGCCCCUUCCACCACAAGCCAUUUUGGCCAGUCCACAAAGCGAGGAUCCACAAUCCCCUCAGCUGUCUGAACCACCCAUCAUGCCCGAGGAUGCCCAGCAGGAAACUGACUUGCAGGAUUCGUACACACUACACCUGCAAGCGAUAGAUCCAAACCAGCCAACCACGCCGCAGGACAUAACCCAACCACCCCAAACAUCCCACAUCCCCCAAUUGAGCCCAACAACACCCCAGCCACAACUGGCCCCAGAGUUUUGGAGCAGUUGGGCCACACAACAGGCGCAACACUAUGCCUGUCUGAACACCCACACCCAAUACCUUGCCAGUCUGCCCCAUCAUCUGCCUAGACUCAGUCGGAACUCAGGCAGACUGAUAGUUCAAGUUGGCAGAAUUGCAAAUUCAAUGGAGCAGAUGAGGGCAGAUAACAGCCAAAUGCAAGCCAAUCUGCAACGCAUCAUGGAUGAGCAACAGCGGCAGAAACAAGCCCUCAUACAAAUUAUCCAACACAACCAACUGAUAAACGAAAACCUCUCCCGAAUUAUUGCCAACAACACUGCCGCUAAUACACAACUCACUGCAAGCCUAAACAACCUGAGCCAAAGCCUUAAUGUGUUGGCAUCCCACCAACUAAGCUCAAGCUCGGGAACAACCACACCAAGCCAGACCCCAGUUACCUCCCCAGUUAGACGCUCCAGCAGAACCAGGACCAACGGACCAUCCCAAUCCUCUGCACCCAGCACACACAAAAAAAAGAAAUGAUGAAGGCUGCAGCAACAAGUACAAUAUUACUUUAAAAAAUAAUGUUUUGGUAAUUGAUUCACUAAAAA